UGGUCUGCAUCAUGCCCGUCGUGGCCUUUCGCUUCCUCAAGCUGGACCUGAAACCCGAACUCUCGGACACGGUCCGCUACACUCAGCUGGUACGGAAGAAGCAGAAGACCCAGCACCGGUGCAUGCGGCGCGUGGGGCGCGUGGGUUCGCGCCGCUCCGGCUACGCCUUCUCCCACCAGGAGGGUUUCGGGGAGCUCAUCAUGUCGGGCAAGAACAUGCGGCUCAGCUCCCUGGCGCUCUCCAGCUUCGCCGCCCGCCCCAGCGUGGGUUGGAUCGAGACCCUGCGCAAGAAGAAGGGCAGCGACGUGUGCGAGUGGCCGCUGCGGGCGAAGCCAUCCCCGGGGACGCGGGCGAUGCUCUGGGUGAAGCGGAGGUUCGUGGCUGAGAACGCCACGGAGCAGCGGUGCCGCUACUUCUCCAAGGCACAGAAGUUUGUUUGCCGGGUGAAGGUGCCACCCGGCGCCGAUGACACCAAACCCCUCGUGGUGUCCACGUGCGUCAACAACGGUGCCGGCGGCUCGGCCGGCGAGGACAGGAUCAUCACCCUCAGCAGCGUCUUGAAGCCAGCCCCCCCCCUCAAUGUGACGGUGGAGGCGCUGGAGAAGGCGCCGCAGCGGCUGCGGGUCAACUGGUCCUACCCCUCGACCUGGGACCCCCGCUUCUACUGGCUCCGCUUCCAGGUCCGCUACCGCCCCGAGCCCACCCAGACCUUCACGCAGGUGGACCAGGUGAUGACGACAUGGCUGGACAUCCGUGACGCCUGGCGGGGGACGCGGCACGUGGUGCAGGUGCGGGCGCAGGAGGAGUUUGGCCACGGUGCAUGGAGCGGGUGGAGCCAGGAGGCGGUGGGCACCCCCUGGACAGAACCCAGGGACCUCAUCUCUGAAAUGGGACCCUUCAGCUCGCAGGGGGCACAGCCUGAGCCCCAGGGGGGACACGACACGCUCCCG